ACAAGCUAAUUAAUCCGGUAGCCUGUCAAGUUGUGCACCACGGUGUCAUUUCAUAACAGGGCUGUUUAUUCAACGGUUCACUACACGCUACCGCUGAGCAACACUUAGUUACUGUCACGUUACCUGCAGUUGUAGCUAACUGGCUAGCCGCAGGAGCUAACUAAAGUGUGUUUAUGUGUUGCUAGCAGCUAGCCACCUAGCCGCUCACUAGUCCCUGCUGGUAUUGUAAGUUGCAGCGCAGCAACAUGCUGGAUUUGAUCAGUUUAAGGAGUGAAGUAGAAAAAGGCCGGUGCUUUGGACCUAUUGAAGGAGCUGCGAAGUAUCCCCAUGACUCUCGAGCUGCUCCAGUCCACCAGAAUUGGGAUGUCCGUUAACGCCAUCCGUAAGCAGAGCACAGAUGAUGAGGUAACCUCCUUAGCCAAGGCCUUGAUCAAAUCCUGGAAGAAGCUUUUGGAUGAACCCGGUAGUGGAGAGAAACCUUCGGAUGAAAAGAGGAAAGAGCCGACAACGCCUGUUUCUCCCUCGCAGGGAAGCCCAGAAGCAAAAGAAGAAAGCUCCAGCAGUAACUCCAGCAGCAAGAGUGAGCCUGCUGAAGUUUCAACCAACAGUUUGAUCAACACCUUCCCUCGCGCCCCCAGAACCUCCGACUCGAUCAGGAUCAAGUGCCGAGAGUUGUUGGCCGCCGCUCUACAAGCAGGAGAUGAUCAUAUUGCUAUUGGCGCUGAUUGUGAUGAACUUGGAGCACAGAUUGAAGAAGUUAUCUUUCAAGAGUUUAAGAACACAGACCCUAAAUACAAGAGCCGUGUGCGGAGCCGAAUCUCGAAUUUGAAGGAUAUGAAGAACCCAAAUCUACGGAGGACGGUUCUGUGUGGCAGCGUAACGCCCGAGAGGAUGGCUAAGAUGACCGCAGAGGAAAUGGCCAGUGAUGAGCUGAAAGAAAUGAGAAAGAAUUUGACCAAAGAGGCUGUCCGGGACCACCAGAUGGCCACCACGGGAGGCACGCAGACAGAUCUAUUCACCUGCGGCAAGUGCAAGGGGAAGUGCUGCACCUACACACAGGUUCAAACCCGCAGUGCUGAUGAGCCGAUGACCACGUUUGUGUUCUGUAACGAUUGCGGGAAUAGAUGGAAGUUCUGCUGAAUGUGCGCUGCCCUCCGACAAGUAGCACAACCCCUGGACCAGGUUGUCUCUCUGCAACAGAUUGGAGCUUUGUAUUUUGUGGUCCACCACACGCCAUACAAAGAUGCAACAGGUUACCGUUUGAAUAAAUAUCCUGUUGCUUGAUCUGAGCUCAUUGUCAGUCCCCCGAUGCCUCCCCCCAAACCCCACUCCCACAAAUCUUUUACGAUUGUUAUUAGUUGUUUUUGUCCACUGUCCGAUAUAUGCGGUCAAUCUCGUGUCAUUCUCUUUUAUCUGCAUUUUUUAUAUGUAGUUUUAACACUUUGGAUGAUGUUGUUUUUUUUUCCUCUCACAACAUUGCUUUAUUUAAUUGCCCAAUAAAAUGUACUCCAUUUGAUUAAAAAUAAGUGAUUUUUCAUUA